UUGACGGGUGCGAAUAGUGGGCUACGGCCACCGUCUUACGAAGAGCGGAGACGGAUAAGAAAGCUAGCUCUUCGAGGGCAACUAUCCGAAAACUCAGAAGCACUCCGAUUAGCUACCAUCAAUGUCGGAACCCUCACUGGACGACAUCGAGAAUUGGCGGAUCUCCUUAGGAGACGACUGGAUAUAGCCUGCAUACAAGAAACAAAAUGGAAGGGUGAAAAAUCACGCGAUAUCGAGGGUGGCUAUAAGCUUCUCUACAAUGGCACAAGCAGCAGUCACAACGGAGUAGGUAUAGCUGUCUCAGAAAGCCCAAGGAGCAGGAUUGACCGAUUAAGUGAUCGACUUAUGAGCAUAAAGAUUGGCACUGGCAGAAAAUUCCUUCGGAUAGUCACCGCCCACGCUCCCAAAACCGGAUGCAAUGAGGAAGAAAAGAAUAUGUUCCGGCAGGAGUUGACGAUUACAUCGCAUCCAUACCACAGGAUGAGAUACUCCUGCUCGGAGCAGACCUAA